AUGGCAUAUCAAAUCAUUGUUAAUAACUGCAACAGCUUGACACUGCAUGUGGAGCUUGACCAAUGUUGUGACCAGAUGACAUGGAAGUUCAUGGGAUACGGGGAGAGUGGCCUAGUCAAACGGAUUGUAGGGAAGCCUGGAGCUACCAAAGGAGGUCAAGUCACGAUUGUAACUGAUGCAUCUCGGUGUUGUCCACGAGCAUACAUCCAUUGCCACAACUUGCAUCAUCGUCCUACAGGAUUUGGUGCACAAGGGCUAAAUGAAGUCAGAAUGAUUGCAGCGAUGAUCUCUACCAUGAUCUCCAGAGAUCUUCAGGGAGCCCCCUCACUUGGUUCUGGGCAGCUUCUUCUCAGGGUGCUCAGGGUGCGGAAUCAUGGCACCUUGGCAGCAUCGGAUUUGCUGCCACCAUGA